CUAGGCAGAGAAGAUAAACUAUACCACAUAGGUAAAGGAGCACUACUGGUUUCCUUCCCCCCCCCCCUCCUCUCUCUCUACAAUGGCUUCCUCAACAUCUUCUCCCCUUCUCUCAUCUUCACCCUCAGUUCAAAUUCUCGACCAAAAAUUUGGCCGGAAAGGUGUGAAAUUCUCGGAAUUUGGUGGGGUGCCGGCUGUCGAUCUGACGGUCAGGAAUGGAAGCAGCCUCAAGCUCCAAUUAUCUGAUGGCUUAGUGACAUCUUACAAGCCUAAGGUGUAUUGGAAAGAUGAGGCCUUUGAGGAGUUGCUUUACACUGUAAGUGAGGGCAAUGAGGUGAAGAAGGGGGGAAUAGGAAUGGGUUUAGAUGUUUUGAGCUUGGAUGGUGAACCUUGGUGUCCUUCUGGAUGGGAGGUUAAGGAUGUGGAUUCCGAUUCCAUUGAUGCUGUGCAGGUGGAGCUUAGUUGUAGCAAUGGAGAUGGAACACUAGAAGUAACCUACAUUGUCACCCUCUUUCCAGAAAGCAUGGCCACUGCUGUAAUUGCAAAGAACAAUGGCUCUCAAACUGUAAAACUGAGCAGUGGAAUUCUCAGCCAUCUCAAAUUCAAAGGCAGGGGAGGCUCUGCAAUUUCAGGCCUAACUGGUUGCUCCUACACUUCACACCCACCUCUGGCGUCGAGUUUCGGGAUUAUCUCUCCCGUUGAGGCCAUGGAACCAGAGCAACCUGGCUGGUUUAGUUCAAUCUUUAAUGGAAAUGGGAGUACAGAUUCACGAAAGAAGAGAGAGAAAGGCCAGUGGACCGUGGAGAACAACAACUUUGUGAUGCUUAGAGAGAGAAUGAGCAGAGUGUAUGCUGCCCCACCUGCGGAGAGAGCGAAGAGGGUGUAUAGGACACCCCCAUCAAAAUAUGAAACCAUUGAUCAGGGAACUGGGCUUGAGUUCAGAAUGAUAAGGAUGGGGUAUGAAGACAUAUAUUUGGGGUGCCCUGGUUCUCUCUCUAGAAAGUAUGGAAAUAAUUACUUCAUCUGCACAGGCCCUGCUUCUAUGUUGGUUCCUGUGGAACUGAAACCCAAUGAGAUGUGGAGAGGUGCCCAAGUCAUUGAACAUGACAAUCUAUAAUUUUGCCCUGUAACAUAAAAAAAAUCAAUGGAAAUUUUUUAUAUUCAAUUGUUAAUAAUUUCGUGUCUUUGUUAAUAAUUAUAUAUCAUCUUACUUUGGAUUGUA